AUGUCAAACGCCGAUGCCAUUCGGUCUGAAAUCGCAUCUAUCGAUUCUCGACUGAAACAAUGGUUUCUAUUCAGGAGAGUCCAAGCCGAGCGUGCCAUGUCCAUUAAGAAGUUGCUAGAUGAUAAUAAUUUUCUGGGUCUGGCCUGCAACAAUGAUACUCCGGACGUUGUUGACCGAGUGAUGUGGUCGGAUAUCGUAAAGGGAAGGCCAGAGCUAGAAGAUACACUAUCAGUGAACGCCCGUGAAAUGAAGGCGGACAUGUAUAUGGACAUCUUUACUCGAUCAUGUGAUCUAGACCAUGUGUGCAGGCUGCCAGGUUCCAAGUACUUCCAGUGCUUGCAACAGAAUUUCGCCGUCGAUCGCAAUACACGUUCUGGGCGCUGUGAGAGCGCUUUUGAAGCAUUUGAUACAUGCCGCAAAGGGUUACAACUCCAACAGAACUCUCAUUUACAGGAAUCGUUGAAACGUCAGCAACUACAGGACGAUGAAGCUCAGGCCUUGUUUUACAAACGCAUGGAACUGAUGAAAAAACUCGAAAGUUUGGGAUUCACUGGCGCGAAUGUUGCUGGUUAG